AUGUUGAUCAUCAACAGACGUAACCCAGUGUUCUUCACUUCUGCCUUGUUAUUGCUAUCAAUCAUACUGACGAUGACGAUAAUCAGAAACUGUGACGGAUCCAUGGCGGCAUGCAAUGGCAGCACCAUGGCGGACUGCAGCCAGGUUAUAGAGGACGAAGAGCAAGAGUUUCUGAUGGAUACAGAAGAACAUAUGCGGACUAUGGAAGCGGCAAAAGGUCCUUCAAUCGCAUAUAUAGCUCUACAACCUGGUAAUCCAAGUUGCCGGGUCAAGGGUUGCGCAGGAGACAAAAAAAGAUAUCUCCAUCGAGAAUUGUAA